CUGCACACGCAAGAUUUUCCUCAUGGCUUCGGUGACCAGAUCCGUGUUUGGAGACUUGCCGUCGGGGGCAGGAACAGUGGAGAAGUUCCAGCUGCAGUCAGACCUGCUGACAGUGGACAUCAUCUCCUGGGGCUGCACCAUUACAGCUCUGGAAGUCAAGGACAGGCAGGGAAGAGCGUCUGAUGUGGUGCUUGGCUUUGCCGACUUGGAAGGUUACCUGCAGAAGCAGCCCUACUUUGGAGCAGUGGUUGGUAGAGUAGCCAACCGAAUUGCCAAAGGCACAUUCACAUUGGAUGGGAAGGAAUACAAGCUGGCCAUCAACAAAGAGCCCAACAGCCUGCAUGGAGGUGUCAGAGGAUUUGAUAAGGUCCUUUGGACCCCUCGGGUGCUGUCCAAUGGUGUGGAGUUCUCACGAGUCAGUCCAGAUGGCGAGGAGGGCUACCCUGGAGAGCUGAAGGUCUGGGUGACCUACACGCUGGACGGCGGGGAGCUCAUGGUCAACUAUAGAGCACAGACCAGUCGGACCACACCAGUCAAUCUGACCAACCAUUCUUAUUUCAACCUGGCAGGUCAGGGUUCUCCAAAUGUAUAUGAUCAUGAAGUCACUAUAGAAGCUGAUGCUUUUCUACCUGUGGAUGAAACACUGAUCCCUACAGGAGAAAUUGUUCCUGUGCAAGGAACUGCGUUUGACCUGACAAAGCCAGUGGAGCUUGGGAAGCACCUGCAAGAGUUCCAUAUUGGCGGUUUUGACCAUAAUUUCUGCCUGAAGAGAUCUAAAGAAAAGCAUUUUUGCGCAAGGGUCCACCAUGCCCCCAGUGGAAGAGUACUGGAAGUGUACACCACCCAGCCUGGCGUCCAGUUCUACACGGGCAACUUCCUGGAUGGCACGCUCAAGGGGAAGAGUGGAGCCAGCUAUCCCAAGCAUUCUGGUUUCUGCCUUGAGACCCAGAACUGGCCCAAUGCUGUCAAUCAGCCCAACUUCCCUCCUGUGCUGCUGAGGCCUGGCGAGGAGUAUAACCACACCACCUGGUUCAAGUUUUCUGUGGCUUAA